CCGUUCACCGGAAGUAGAAUGUAACUAUUUUAGCUUGUGCUGUCCUUCAGUAGCUUGUCUCAGGCGGACAUUCUUUUUCCAUUAAAGCAUCUUUUUACUGAAAUAUAUUGGACACUUCCGGAUAUUUAAUCUGACCGUGACGGUGCAGUGCACGUUCUCCAGAUGCCUGACAAACCUCUGGCUCCUCUGGCCAAGAAGCUCUUCAAGGGGAUCAUAGUUCUGGAGCUGCUCGGGCUCUUCGGGGCCUACGACCUCUACCAGAGGAUGAACACCAGCCAAGAUUUCAGAAACACCAUGAACAAGAGGUUCCCGUCAGUCCUGGAAGUUUUUUAUUGCUCCAAUGAGAUGGCCGGGGUCUACGGGAUCCGGGAGAGGGACCACGAGGACUGGUCUGCCAAACACAACUGAAGGAGU